UCUCAAGUUCAACCACGUCCCUAGGGUUUAUCUAGGGUUUCUUAUCUCUUUCCUCUCUCGUAUUCCACCAAUGGCGAAGCCGACGAGAGGCCGUCGCUCACCUUCUGUCUCCGGCUCUGGUUCUUCUUCCCGGUCUCGGUCACGAUCCCGCUCUUACUCCGGCUCAGAUUCCAAGUCCAGUUCUCGCUCUCGGUCCCGCUCCAAAUCUUUCUCAUCUUCCUCUCGUAGCGCCAGCUCUCGAAGUCGCAGCCCUCCUCAGCGUCGAAGUCAGGCUGAUGCAUCUAAGCGAGGUCGUUCCCCUCCUCCACAAUCUAAAAAGGCAUCUCCUGUUCCAAGGAAGACCUCUCCUAUCCGUGAGUCUGUGGUUCUUUAUGUUGAUUCACUGAGCAGGAAUGUUAAUGAAGGUCAUCUAAGAGAAAUAUUCGGUAAUUUUGGUGAAGUUGUAAAUGUGGAUCUUGCAAUGGACCGUGCUCUUAAUCUUCCAAGAGGAUAUGGCUAUGUUGAAUUCAAGACAAGAGCAGAUGCUGAAAAAGCUCUACUUUACAUGGAUGGUGCCCAGAUUGAUGGAAAUGUAGUAAGAGCAAAGUUUACACUUCCUCCACGACCAAAAGUUUCUCCACCGCCAAAGCCAAUUGCUCUUGCUCCUAAAAGAGAUGCCCCCAAAUCUGAUAAUGUUAAUGCUGAUACUGAGAGGGAUGGACCAAAACGACCACGGGAACCUUCUCCUCAACGGAAAGCCCCACUGUCACCACGAAGGAGAUCUCCUGUGGGUCGAAGAGGUGGAUCUCCUAGAAGACCACCAGAGUCUCCACGUCGGCGACUAGAUUCUCCAGUUCGUCGUCGUGGUGAAACACCUCCUAGGCGCCGGCCUGCCUCUCCUGCCAGAGGUCGUUCUCCAUUGUCUCCUCCAAGGCGGCCUCGAUCUCCAGCAAGGACCUCUCCGCGCAGAAUUCGUGGUAGUCCAAUCCGAAGACGUUCUCCUCCUCCAAGGCGCCGUUCACCUCCUAGACGAGCCCGUAGUCCUCCAAGAAGGUCUCCAAUCAAUCGGAGACGUAGCCCUCCACCAAUUCGUAGACGGAGCCGCUCUCCAAUUCGUAGACCUCUUCGUUCUCGCUCAAGGUCAAUUUCACCUCCAAGAGGCAGAGGACCUGCAGCUAGACGGGGGAGAUCAUCAUCCUAUUCCCGAUCAGCCAGUCCCCGGAAGGUUGGACGAAGGGUUUCAAGGAGUCGCAGUCCUAAGAGGCCAUUGAGAGGAAGAAGCAGCAGCAGCAGCUCCCCUCCUCGGAAGCUGUAGAAUACCUUUUUACCGCAAUUU